UGUACAAACGCAAGGAUGACAUUCGCGUACAUUAGCUUUACAAUGAGACCUUAGUCUAGGCCAUAAAGUGAUUAGAUGACAGUCCAGCCCGUACACUACGUCGCCAGUCCCAUUCAAAGGGUCACUGCACGGCCACAAUAUUUGUCAACAGCGAUGUCAUACAAGGAGUAGCGUGUGUUGCACUGCUAUUGCUGCCAUAUCUUGAUCUUCGACUGGUUGAUUAAUUGUGUUUCCUUCUCUCAUAAAAGCUUCUGUACAAGUGCGUGUACACUACAAGUUUAGAGGUUCUGGUUUUCGCUCUUCAGCGCAACGAAAGUACGCGUCCGAUGGUCACUUGUGAGCUUUUAAUGAACUAUUGGUGCAUUUCUUCGCCUAAAUUCAGUGCGUACCUUUAGUUUUGACUUCACUUAUGUUUAGGGGACUGCUUAAAUGUAAUUUCCCGAACACGUUAGUGGUGUGGUUUAGCUUUUGCUAUCUACCGCGUGUUUUGAGCAACGCGAAUUAGCUGCCGCUUUGCGUACCGCCGCAUUUGCGAGGUGUGGUACUCGCCCAUCUCUUGCUUCACCGACGCGGCUGACGUACUGUACGUUCAAAACGCGCCUGUUGUCGCCAUGCGCGCAGAUAUUGCGGGCGUUCUUUAGAGAUAAAGGGAUCGCCGACGAAAAGUCAGCAUGGAGGUUCCCUGAAUGAACGACAAGAUGCCUCUGCGAGAGAAACCCAGCCUGAUGGAUAUUUAUAGUGCGGAAGACAGAGGAGCGCUUCAUUUGAAAUGACAUCAUUGUCAGAAAGGAGAAGCGAGACCUUGCGCAGCUUGCUGCCUACCACCUGAAGUCGUAGCACACAGAGGCAAGGCUGCACAACACCAUGGAGGAGAAGCGUGUGGCUGACUACUUUGUGGUGGCCGGGCUGCCUGCCAACCCACGGCCUCUGGAAGAGGACUGCGUGGCGAUGCAGUCCUCGGGGGGCAGCUUUGGGUGUAUGCCCGUGACGGACAUUGCUGUGAUUGUGCGCACUGAGGGUGAGGUGCCACCGCCCGGAUUCGAAUGCAUCGAGCAGACUCCGUUGGGCUUCCCAGCUGACCUAAACCACGGAAGCCUAAGGAGUCCCAGCAUCUACCUCUGCUACCGCCGGGGCAGGGACAAACCUCCGCUUGUGGACAUUGGGGUCCUGUACGAAAACAAGCAGCGUGUCAUGGCUGACAGCGAGAUUCUCAAGAAGACACCUUAUGGGCGGCCAGCCAAUGUCAACAACAGUGGCUCUCGAACAUUCCUCACUUUUCGCAGGGCUUCUGAAAAUGCCCCGUGCAAUCAACUGGUCGUCACUGACCUCUGUGUCAUUCUCGCUAACAAGGGUGAGACGCCUCCUCAUGCGUACUGCAAGAUUGACCGCAAUCUCAAUAAAGGCAUGGUUGGCUCAGAUGUUUUUCUUUGUUACAAGAAGUCCAUGAACAGGCCUAGUCUCAUUUGCUACGAGCCAGCUGUGCUGGAGCGUUUCCCACGGGAAGACUACGCAAGCUUUCCCUUGCCCGAGCAGGUGGCUCUCUUCUGCCUUCCCAUGGGUGCCACCGUGGAGGCCUGGCCCAAGAAGGCCAGCCAGCCCAGGCCAACCUUCUCCACCUUUGUGCUAACCCUUGGCUCAGCAGACAAGGUGUACGGCGCAUCCAUCACUUUUUACGAACGCUUUCCUGAGGAGCAGCUGACCGAUGCUCAGAGAGCCCAGCUGAGUAGCAGUAACAGGUCAGGCCAGCCCCAGCCAACUGAGGAGGAGGUCUUCUCAGCCAAUAAAUCUAUCUGUUUGCUUUCACACUGGCCCUUCUUCCGCACCUUUGAAAAGUUCCUACGCUUCCUCUACCGACUCUCCUUUGUCAAGAACCCCCGUGUUUCAGUGGAAAGGUACAUCUCCCAUUUCAUGUUGGACAUCCCAUUCCCUUCUGUACAGCGACCAAGGAUAUGGAUACAGCUGGAAGAUGAUCAUAUUUCACUGUCUCAGCUGGAAGACACACCGCUCCCACUCAGUGGUGCAUCCUUCAGAGAGUUUCUAAAAACACUGGCACCUGACAACUGCUUAUGUGUUCUACUUCUGGCGCUGACCGAACAGAAGAUGCUGUUCCACUCCUUGCGGCCAGAUGUGCUUACCAGUGUGUCAGAAGCUUUGGUGGCAUUGAUGUUCCCAUUCCAUUGGCAGUGCCCUUACAUCCCACUGUGUCCAUUGGGCCUCUCUGAUGUGCUUAGUGCUCCACUGCCCUUUAUUGUUGGCGUGGACUCUAGGUACUUUGACAUGUACGAGCCCCCACAAGAAGUGGCCUGCAUUGAUCUCGACACCAACACCAUUUUCAUUAAUGAAGAAAAAAGUUUUCUCACCUUAAAGCUUCUUCCCAAGAAGGCAACAAGGACAUUGCGUGGAAACCUGCAGUCCUUGUAUGAGAAGGUCUGUUUGUAUGAAAACAAUGUUGCCAGCAUCGCAGCUGCAGCUGCACAGAACCCGACUUCAGCUGGGGGUGCCUUGGGACCUAUUGACCGAGAAAUUGGACUUCACAGGAAGGAGCGUCGAUUGGAGCUGGAAAUUCAAGAAGCGUUCUUACGGUUUAUGGCAGCCAUUCUGAAAGACUUUGGUUCCUACUUGAGGCCGAUCACCACAGCUCCAAAGCCAGGGGUUACUGACCCAAAUUCACUGUUUGACAUCAAUGGCUUCCUGAAAAGCCGAGAUCGAGCAUACCAUCGCUUUUAUCAUUUGAUGAUGCACACUCAGAUGUUCACCCGUUUCAUCGAAGAGCGCUCAUUUGUCUCGGACAAAGAUGUCAGCUUGGCUUUCUUUGAUGAAUGUACAGAAAGGGUGGAUGCCGCUGGUGAAUCUGCAGAGCAUCUGCUUUUGGAGGUGGCAGGAUCUAUGCAGAGCCACGAGCACACAGUGUUCAUCUCGGCACCCGAACCGCCACUAGUUGAAGGCCUGAAUGGGAGCCCCGGUACGUUUGGGGCUCUUAACCCGGCCCUGUUUCACCGGCAGCCCGCCAUGUCACUGCUGCGAGUGGUGCCAGAGUUCCAACCAUCAGCGAGUCCUGUUGCUCGGCGCACGAAGCAGGAGGUCAAAUCUGCCCUACGAGCUGCUCGGAUACAAGCUGAAUGUCCUGUCAGUUGGGCUAAGUGUCUUGCUGGCACAAGCUAUAGUGUUUGGUUCAUGCAUAUACCAGCCUACACCAAAACCUUUGCGUCCAAAGCCAAGGCCCUACGUGUGGCUGAUGAAGUGUUGCAGCGCAUGCAGCAAUUGAAGCUGCCAGCUCCUGACGAGGUCUCUUAUCGCAUCCUUAUGCUGCUUUGUGGCCAAUAUGGUCAGCCAGCUCUUGCUGUCAAAAUCCUUUUUGACAUGAAGAAGCACGGCAUUCAAGCCAAUGCGAUUACCUAUGGCUACUAUAACAAGGCAGUCUUGGAGUGUGCAUGGCCCACAGGGGACAGUGCUCAUUGGGCCAAACUGCGCAACGUCGUGCUAGCAGUGUCUCAGUUUAAGCGUGCUCUGCGGCGGUCCCAGGGGUCUCUGGGCUGUACAGUACCUGAUGCCCCGCGUAGUGCGGGCAGCAGCCGCACCAGUCUUGAGGAGACCCUGCGGCCUCAGCUUGACCCAAUGGCUAUGACUCCGGAGCUGCUGCCUGAGCUGCUCACCAAGACAGAUGACCGAUCCAGCUCUGAUGCAGCGGCCAAGCCGAGGGUUCACACUGCUGCAGGAGGCCAGUCAGAUGCGGGUUACGGCUCGACCAGCCAGGACGAGACAGCCAAGGCAUCGUGGCAGGAGCUGCCAGUUGUUCCUCAGCCAAGCAAGGAGAGAAUAGCUCCCCAACAGAGGCAAAGGAGGAGUGGUGCUGUGGUACAAAGCAUGCGCUUUGAGGAACUGGACUUCACCGAGUCGGAUCGAUUCCGGAAUCGGGUUAACAGCUUGAUCCGCGGUUCGGUCGGAGCUCUUGGAAGUGCAUCAUCAUUGACAGACGCUAUAGUGCCUUCUGCGGGGGUCCUUAUUACAAGUGAAGCCAUGCGGCAAAAUGCCUUCCUGCGUAGCAAUGGUGGCAUUAUGGCAGACAGGCUGCAAAGUGGUCGGCGGCGCUACCAUAGCGCGAGUGACCGUGCCAACCAGCGGAGGCCCAAUAACAUAAGGAGAAACCUGCGUGUACUUGGCAGGUCUUGGACGCUUGGCGGGGACGACACUGCCCUGGGACAGGGAGACUCUCACCUGGCUGCCCUUGCUGAAACGCCAGUCACCUCAGAGACACCCUCUGAGAGGCUGCUUGGCAAGGAACAGCAAGAGGAAGAUCGCACGGCCAGCCCUACUCCAGAUGUCUCAAACAGCCAUUUCUCGGAUGUUGUCACCCCACCUCGGUCCAUGCCACGACCAGCCCCAGUGCAUCGCUUCUCAACUGGGGGCUCACCGGCCAACCUGGCUCGCACCCUGGAGCAGUCGAAGGAGUUUAUCAGUUCCACCUUGAGCCCCCUGAGAGAUGCCUGGCAGCAGAUGGACCUGUCAGGGGCAGCUGCCUCCAUCUCCUCUACCCUUGGGCUCAAGACCCGCAAGUUCUCCUUGGGCUCAAAGAUGGCAUCCGUGACGAGAAGCUCCACCUUCCACUCCAACCACAAGUCCAGUUCAGCGAGGUCAUCACCUGCCAGGUCAUUGUCGCAGAUGGAAUCCCUUGUGGAACAGGAUGCACCGCCUACAUCACCAAGCCCCAGGCCCACCAUGCCAGUGGAGUCCACCGUGGUAGUCGACGGUCCUGCUGUGUCUAAUCCACGUGGCUUGUCGCGAUCGUCUACUUUACCUUACUCACCAGGCCGUCGCUACUCGCCCCAGUGCGUGCCAACAUCUCGAGAGGCUCCUCCCUUGAUGAGUGGCCAGUCACCACAGUCAUCCACUUUUGGCCUGUCACGAUUGUCGAGUCGUCAUUCAGAGUAUCUGGUUGAUAGCCUGCGCCUUGCUGCCAACUCCAUGGCCUCCAAGUUUACCGAGAUAAAGCAGUCACUAUCGGCCUCCAACACUCCCACAAGAGGCUCAUCAUAUUCUUUGCCUCGUGGCUAUGAGCACUUGCUGCUGGAAGAUGAUGAUCAAGAGAGCUCACUGUCUCUCGAAUCCAGCCGUCGUGCAAGCAUGGACCUUUUGAUGGGGCAUGGUGGAGAAGAGAACCUCGAGGAGCUUGCCCCCGAAGACAGCUUGCUUAUGGCAGACAGUGCAAUAGGUGGCACCCCUGGUGCUGGCUCUUCACUGCUACGUCCCAUGGAACCUGCUGAGGCGGUUGUACCGACUGCAAGCAGUGGCAGUACUAGCCGCGUGGCGCUGGAGGUGUCCAUCACUUCUUGCUCCCAGUGCAACACAUGUAAAUCCCUUCUGUACGACGAGGAGAUUAUGGACGGCUGGACAGCAGACGACUCAAACCUCAACACUAGGUGCUACUUCUGCAAUGGGACUGUAGUUCCACUCCUUACUGUGAGCAUCAAGGACUAUAGGGUGGAGGACUCCCCAGUGGGUGGCAGCCUGGCACCCUCCAUGGAGAGCCUGCCCAGUGCUGCCGGGUUGUCCUCCCGUCUCAGCCCCGAGCGCAGUCCACUGGUCAAGGAGCCCAGUCCCGAGGCGACAGGAGGACGUGCUGUCACACCCGACACUAGGGCUGGCGACUUUGAUGCCAGCAGGCCGGACAGUAUAGACAGUGGCAAUGAUGGCUUCCUGCUGCUUGAAGAGAGCCCAGAUGCAGCAGAUGGUCCAAGGGUGGGUGACUCAUGUCCUGAGUCUCCUCUGGGCAGCCCGCCGGGCCAGGCUGGAGCUUCAUACCUGGCCAGUCCAACUAGUCGUGCGUUGUCAGCGCCUGUUGACAUCCCUUUGGCUGCUGCCAACGAGAGCCUCAUGGUGGCAUCUCCAUCGUCUGGUUCUAACGAGACUAGCGACCGUGCUGAGCAUCGAACUCGCCGUGUCACUGUUGGGGAUGCCCCUCUGGGUUUACGGACAGCAGCUGGCCGUCUAGGAUCAGCUGAGCUGCUGCUUGAUCCACAGUCCGCUGCUGGCACCACGCCCUUGUUCAAGUUGGGAUCAGCAAGUCCGUCCCGCGUGAGUUUGUCUCUGGGGCCAUCCGUGUCCCUGGAUCCGAUGACAGUGCCGUACCUGAGCCCCUUGGUGCUUCGCAAGGAAGUCGAAAACCUGCUGGAACACGAGGACGACGACUGCCUUCUCAGUGCUGGUUUUGUUGACCACCACCCCAUACUCUAUUGGAACUUGAUUUGGUACUUCAAACGACUUAGUUUACCAAGCCAUCUUCCAGAACUGUGCCUACAGGCUGUUUCUCUCCUCAGGGAUCGCCAGGUCCCUGAGCAAUGGCAGUCCCUUGAAGGGAAGAUGGUGGUGAUCAGCUGCUGCUGGGACAACCCCAGGCUGCAUAGCAACAUGGUGCCAUACAUGUACUCGCAGCUUGGCAAACACAACAUGUCCUUUUUGGUGCAAUCGCUGGUCACAGAAGACAACAAGCCAACGAAAAGCCUGCGGGAGCGGGUGCUGAGUUGUGUGCAGCAAAGCAACGUGCGUGAGGCAGUGGAACUGCUGGUGAGGGAGAGGCACAAGACACGCAGCCAGCAGCGCCGGCCCAGCCUCUACCGUGAUGUUCUUUUCCUGUCCUUGGCCACCCUUGGCAAGGAUUCUCUCAACCAGAAUUUGUUCUACCGUGAUUAUGUUAAAAUAUAUGAAGAACUGGCGGCCAAACGCUCUGCGUUGUUCAAGUGCGACAAGUACCCAUCAGUGCGUGCCAUGCUUUGCCGCAAGUACUUCAGAGACUUGGAGCUGAAGCCAUUCUCUUUGACUUAAAGCCGUGAAUGUUCACAUUGACUGUAGAUGGGCGGCAUGCUGUGUUUGAGCCAUGUGCUCGGUUCAACGAAAGGGGUGUCGCUUCUUUCUUCAGCUCUGCCAUGGUUUGAUGCUGGAGAGCUACGAUCAAGCUAGCGCAGCGGAUUGUUGUUGACUUUGUGAAGAACUGUUGGCAUUUGUUUCCUUUAGGUGAUGUAGUUCACUUACAAGAGUGCUACGCCUUCUUGAGCGGUGUUAAAUAGCCUAUAUCAAAUAAUUUACAAAAGCAAUGCAUUGUCUUAUUUAUACACUAAUGUGCGGUUUGAUAAUAUAUAGUCGACUCGCAGUUGUUAAUUCUUUUUUUUUUUUUUUUUGUGCAUGGCAUUGUAUAGACAUAUACAACAAUUUUUAAACGACAGAAAAAAAGAAAA